GCAGCUGACAGGUAUUGAUUUUCUGUCGUUUUUUGAUUCCAUUGCAUCCAGGUAGGUAUGCGACCCUGGAUUCUACUGCGCUUCUGGUUGAGAUACGGAGUUCGAGUCUGCAUGGGCACCUCGUCGCACAAGCUGCGUUCGGCGCGUCCGACCCUGCCUCGGCAUGACGUCCGAUAGUGCGGCCAACAGGUGUUUCAACGGGGCAGUUGAUAAGACCUCCUGAGCCCACUGCAAUAUACACAUAUCUUUUGCGCCUCCUAACACCAUGGCCCAAUCGCGUCAGUACGAGCUGGUCCUUUUCGGGGCGACUGGCUAUACCGGCAAGCUGACGGCGGAGUGGAUCAGCCAACAUCUCCCUAUCGAUUUGAAGUGGGCGAUAGCUGGUCGCAAUGCAAACAAGCUGCAAGAUGUUAUUGAAGAGCUAAAGCGGCUGUGUCCAGACCGCAAGCAGCCAGACAUCGAAACAUGCGAGCUCAAGGAAGACCAACUAACCUCACUCGCCCUCAAAACCCGUCUCAUCAUCACAACCGUAGGCCCCUUCAUGUUCUAUGGCGAGCCCGUGCUCGCUGCCUGCGCAAAGACUGGGACGCACUAUCUCGACUGUACAGGCGAGGUACCAUGGAUCCACUCCAUGAUCCCCAAAUACCACGACCAAGCCAAGUCCACCGGCGCCAUCAUCAUCCCCGAAUGUGGCCUUGACUCCGUCCCAGCAGACAUCCUAGCCUACGCGCUGACAUCGCACGUGCGCAAGACGCUGAACGCCGGAACCGCGAACGUGAACAUGAGCUUUUUCGCUGGGAAGUCGGGAUUCAGCGGGGGGACGGCGCACACGAUCCUGCAGCUGUUCGAGAAUUUUGGCAUGAAAGAGUUGGGGGAUGCGAUGAAGCCGUGGUCGCUCUCCCCUGUGCAGCCUACUAACCCCGCGAGGAGUCCGAAGGGCAGUCUGCUCCACCGCCUCUUCGGCUUGGUUAAUAUCCCGGAGAUAGGCGGCAUCCAGACGACCUGGCUCAUGGCCAGCGUCGACCGCUGUAUCACGCACCGCUCAUGGGGAUUAUACGAGUCGAGCGCCAAGUCCACGUCCACACCAAGCUUGUCGUACGGACCGCGCUUUAACUUCAACGAGUACAUGCGCGCGAAGUCCCUGAUAGCUGGCUUGGCUGUGAACGUCGGUAUGGCGCUAUUCGGUUUGGCCUUCGCGUUCCCCCUGUCUCGCUGGAUCCUUUCGCCUCUUGUCAAGCGCUUUGUGCUGCCACAACCGGGCGAGGGGCCUUCGCGAGAGAGCAUGAAGAAAGACUUUAUGGAUUACAAAGCGGUUGCGAUUGCGGAUACGGACAGGCAGGAGAAGGUGCAUGGAACACUGCACAUUCCCCACGGAGGGUACGUUGCAACAGCGCAGACGUUGAGUGCAGCCGCACUGGUCAUCUUACGUGGGAGACUGGAGAAUACGGAAGCUGGGAGGUUGGGUGGAGGUAUACUUACUCCCGCAACGUUGGGACAGCCAUUCGUGGAGAAGUUGGAUGAAUUUGGCAUCAAGAUUGAAGUUGGCGUAUAAUAGCUAUCACAGCAUGUUGUGAAGCUGGCACCCUAGGUCUUCGUUCGAAUGUCCCGAUUUGACUCAUGAUCAGUAGACACUACCUAUUUAGCAGAAGAAGGAGAUACCGAUCAUUUGGGCACUGUAAUGACAGAAAGACUUGUAAACCCC